AUGAAGCUGGAUGAACUACUUGAAGAGAUAUCACAAAUCUCGACUCAGGGUUAUGAAGUCCAGCUUUUUGAAGCAUUCCAGUGGUGGAGGGAAAGUGCUGUAGCGGACGGCACACUAAACGACGACUCUGAUAUGCUGGACUUACAAUACGUCUUUGGUACCGCAGUCGACCUUGGGUUGGCAAAAUGGGUGGCAUUAGAGCCUCCCGACGUCGAGGAGUCGAGCGAGCCAGGACCCACCAGGGCCAGGGAAACCUGCACGGAGGGACAAGCCCUCAAUACGGAUCUGAAGUGGGUUGUAGACCUACAGUUACCGGAACAGUUGAGAAAACUUCCAGAGAAAAUGCCCCACAGUGGAAAUUAUGAAUGGCUAGGCCCAGAGCAAACUGGAUCGCCCAAGUACCUUUGGGACAGUGUACUUUCCGAAACUGUUUUAGCAACUCCCGAACGCCUUCAACAAGGCUAUAUCGCCGUCUCGUAUACCUGGGGAAGGUUCAAAGAAGGUUACAGCCGAGUCAAUGGCACUCCCUGGAAUGUCCCGGUUAUCAAGCCAAAUAUUUUUGGUGAGAUGCUCAAUCAACUCAAAGGUAUUAUGACCGGUAUUCCUGCAUGUCGGUAUUUCUGGGUUGAUGUGCUUUGCAUCAACCAAGAUGACAUGAAUCAAAAGAAGGAAGAGAUCGCAAAACAAGCUUCUAUUUUUGAAGGUGCUAAGGCAUGCUUAGGCUAUUUAUGGUCUCUUGAUUAUGAGGACGACCUCGCGUAUGUCAUGGCAAGUUUUGGAGACCAGUUGCUGUGGUCGCUUCUUUUAAGUUCUUCCAAUUUUAGAACGGAAAGUCAGCUGAAUGGUAUCGACAAACUUCCGCCUCAUAUUCAAAAGAGGCUUGACGGAAAACUGCGUCUAGACCCCUGGUUCACGUCCCUCUGGGCUCUCCAAGAAAUGGUGCUGGCUCCGGCGCAGAUUUGGAUGACAAGGUCCGGCAGCUUCUGCUCGGUGAACGGAUCAAUAGUAACGACUCGACUUUUUGCCCAAGCACUUGAAUUAAUGCAUUGGGCUUUCGGAUUCCGUCGACGGGUGUGGAAAUCAGCCUUCGUGGGCAAAUGGCCCGUCUUAGACCGUUGGCCCGCGGCAACGGCGAUUGCCCAGAUAAUGCAACAGCACCAGGCGGAAGAAGAUGAAGCACAGAAGUCAUGGGAGGAGAGCGUGACGGGCGAACAGUUAAAUGCUGCGGAUAUGAGAGUCAGAGACAUAAACAUUAUGUCAGUUAUGAUGCCUCAGGACCAAGAAAUCCGAAACGUUCCCAAUUCUCUUCAGCAGAGACAGGCCGACGAAAUCAUAAGUUCCAAAAACUUGAAGCGCUGGCUUGAUUGGGGUUUUGGAGAAGCCUGUCUCAAUAUUUCGAUGCAAGCAUCACGAUCUGCCAUUAUAGUUGCAGGAGUAAACCGCCAUACAAGCAACCCACGGGCGGAGGCCAUGCUGGCUGCGCUCAAAAUUGCUCGACUGCCCCAAGAAUAUAAUCCGAACGAGGACCAGACUCCUAGUUCUCUACCGGAGUGGCUCCAACAAGUAUUGGUGGCAUUCGAGUCUUCUAUGUACUUCUAUGUCUCUCAUUCAUGGAGAUCCAUAUCCGAGAAACGGGCAAAAUCGUCUACCUUGUUCGUCGAGCACGCUUCAGUCGACACUCCCUUCUUGGCUCACGACAACUUCCGCUAUCAAUCAGCACCUCUGGUUCCUUCUCUAAUGUCUGCUUAUCUCCCCAGCAUGCUGCCAUCAACGGGAACCAGGUCCUUUCCGCCCACUGACUUCGUUUUAAAACAAUUUUCCGCAUACGUGAUGUCGGCCUGGCAUAUUCACCGUGAAGGCGUCAUGCAUAUCCCUUACGGAGCUGCCAUCCAAGACAUCCGCACCAAUGAUAUCGGAACCAUGACUAUCUCGACAAAUGGACCCGAACAAGAACUAAACGCUUCCUUGCCAUCCGCAGUUCGGGCAAUUCAGGAACUUGACUAUGUCAUAGAAUCUCUCGGCCGAUCCUGCCGCGUUAUUUUCCUCCCGCUACUUUUUAUCGGAAACCCAACUGCCGGACUGCCGCAUGGUAGCAGCCACACUCUAACCUCAACGGGAUCCGACCCUGUCGUUCGGGGUAUCGUGAUAGUCAGCCGGGGAUCCAGCAAACGACACCAUUCGAUGACCUUCUGGUCAAAAGCAGGGCUGUAUUCGGCCACGCUCUGUCGCGUUAAGCCUAUCGAGUGGCAGGACGGCAUCCUGAUUGGUUCCCUAUUAGAGGAGUCCACGAUUUCUCGACAAAAAGAGCUCUGCGAUUUCAACUUGGACAACAAGCCUCAUCUGUGGGGGCCGAAGGUCAGGCGACGGUUAUUCGACGUUGACUGA